AUCGUCAUUGGCCCUCCCGGAUCCGGAAAAACUACAUAUUGUUAUGGCAUGCAACAAUUUUUCAAUGGUAUCGAGAGAAAAACUUCGGUAGUAAAUCUUGAUCCAGCAAAUGAAUUUUUACCAUAUAAAAGUGCCGUAAACAUAGCGGAUCUUAUUGUUUUACAAGAUGUAAUGGAAGAAUUAAAAUUGGGACCGAAUGGAGGAAUGAUGUAUUGUAUGGAAUUUUUGGAAAAGAAUUUUGAUUGGCUCGAAGGGCAAUUGAAGAAUUUGGGAGACGAUUAUAUUCUAUUCGACUUUCCUGGUCAGGUGGAGCUAUUUACACACCAUGAUUCGGUUAAAAACAUUAUAGAAAGAUUACAGAAACUGAACUAUCGGGAUUUAUCUUAUUUGCUUCAGCAUUUAGAUGAAGAUCCGUUUACCGGUCGGUUUAAAGAACUAAAUAAAGCACUUUGCGAAUUGGUAGAAGAUUAUAGUUUAGUCGGAUUUCACACGCUUUGCAUCGAGGACAAAAACUCUGUUUUGAAACUCGUGCAGGCAAUAGAUAAAGCAAAUGGAUAUGCGUUUGGUGGAUUGACACGCGGUAAUGAAAGUAUCAUGAUGACGGUUAUUGGUGGUGAACCGAGCUAUCAUGAAAUUAUGGAGGUUCAAGAAAGAUGGCUGGAUCAUAAGGAUGUGUGGGAUGAAUGGGAGGCUCAACAGCUGCAACAAGAAAUGGAACAAAAUAGAAUGGAUGAGGUUAAUGAAUGA